CGGAGUCAUUUAUGAGAGGGAAGUGGUUAAAAUACUUUAAAAUGAGCGGUGUAAACAGGGACGCGCCGAUCGGUGUGCAGUGCUUACAACAAUUCACUUCCUGGCUGUGUCCGCGCCUCCAGAUAAAUAGAUUAAGAUGGUACCAAGGCAGCAUCCUAAUCCUGACGUACUUCACGUACAUGACGUACCACUUGACGAGGAAACCCAUAUCCGUGGUGAAGAGUGUCCUGCAUCAGAACUGCAGCGGUCUGACUCCGCCGCCGGACGUCAGGCCGGGCGACGACCAGUGGUGUAACUGGGCGCCUUUUAACUCGAAUGACGCGAACACCCUCCUCGGCACGCUGGACUCCGCGUUCCUCUUCUCAUACGCGGGCGCCAUGUUUGUUUCCGGUAUGAUAGCAGAGCGAGUAGACCUGAGAUACUUCCUGUCGAUGGGAAUGCUGGUGUCAGCGGUCUUCUGCUACCUCUUCGGUCUGGGUCGAACCCUGGACGUACAUGACAUUACGUACUAUUUACUCGUGCAGGCGGGCGCAGGUAUCGCCCAAACCACCGGAUGGCCGGUCACAGUUGCCAUUGUUGGGAAGUGGUUUGGCAAUUCGAAAAAGGGACUUAUUUUCGGACUAUGGAAUUCGCAUACGUCACUUGGAAAUAUUUUGGGUACAAUAGUGGCAGCCGAGUACGUAGACACAGACUGGGCGCUGUCCUUCGUGUACCCGGCGCUAGUGAUGGGCUGUGUAGCGUUCCUAGUGUUCCUGUUCCUAGUCCCUGAACCUAGGAACGUAGGGUUGUCAGCUGAUAGACAGUCGCCAAGCCGCCAGUCGCACCUGUCUGAUGAUGAAGAGGACGCCUCCCAAGUGAUUGUUGGUGAUCAGGCGGCGAGCUUGAGGUCCUCUCGAUACUCCGCCAACACGGUGCCGCAUCAUCAAGAGGAAGCAACAGAGGAAACGUCCCUCUUACAACGCGGUCCCCGCCCCCAUAGCGCCAUCUCUCUCACACGCGCGCUCGCCAUCCCCGGUGUAGUGGAGUUCUCCCUCUCACUCUUCUUCGCUAAGCUCGUCAGCUACACUUUCCUUUUCUGGCUGCCGCUCUACAUCAAGUCUUCCACAACACUGUCGGCAAAACAGUCAGGUGAGCUGAGCACGGCGUUCGACGUGGGUGGAGUGCUGGGCGCAGCCGUGACCGGCCUCCUGGCUGACUGUAUCGGAGCGCCCGCCCUUGUCUGCGCUGUAUUUUAUGCACUCGCUGCUCCUGCGCUAGUGGCAUACCAGUCGUGGGGAGCCAGCUCGUACGCGCUGAACGUGGCCCUGCUGGUGGCCGCUGGCGUCCUUGUUAAUGGGCCCUAUGCGCUCAUAACCACUGCUGUCAGCGCUGAACUUGGUACCCACAGUAGCCUAGCGGGCGAUUCGCAGGCCCUUGCCACCGUCACCGCCAUCAUCGAUGGUACCGGCAGCAUCGGGGCGGCGGUGGGCCCUCUAGUGGCGGGGGUGGUGUCCAGCGGCAGCUGGUCCGCCGUCUUCGACAUGCUCAUCGCUUGCGACCUACUGGCUCUGCUGCUGCUACUGAGGAUAGCAAAGGUAGAGGUUGUCAAAAUAUGGCGCGAAAGGAGAUUGUCAUCGCCGCGGUCGGUCCGCAUCGAGUAACAGACAGUAUUACAUAAUAGUUUAAUUAUUAUUAAAUUUUAGCAAAAUUUAACUAAACGAAUUAAAAUAAAUAAAUAAAAACCAUUU